AACGAAAUUCUGUUAAAACAAGAAAAACCCUCAAAGCUACAAUGCAGUACAAGAGAGAACUUUGCAGAAACUUUCAGCGCGGCAGCUGUAAGUAUGGUGAUAAAUGUAAAUUCCUUCACGUCACUCAACAACAGCAGAAGUCGAAUGCAUUUGGAUUUGGCUCUCAAGCUGGCUCGCAGCAGCAAAAGCCGAACCCCUAUGGAUUUGGUGUUCAGAACAACUAUCAGUCGAAAGGGGCCAGUGAUUUUGGAAAUAAGCCUAACACAUGGAGCCGAUUCUCCCCCUUAAACAAUACCAGUGCCCCUUCAUCAAGGCAGUCUGACAAUCAGCCUCAGACAACAAAUCAUAAGUGCACAGAUCCUGAGUCCUGCAAACGCAUUUUUGCUGAAGAUUUUGAGCAUGAGAGACCUCUUUGGAAGCUUACAUGCUACAGCCAUUUGAAAAAUGCUCCUUGUGAUAUUGUUGGUGAUAUUAGCUAUGAAGAAUUGCGAGCAGCAGCAUAUGAUGAUGCUAAGCGCGGGCUGAGCCUGCAGUCCAUUGUUGAGAGAGAGAGAAACUUACUCAAUUCUAAGUUAAUUGAGUUUGAAAACCUUCUUCGUAAUCCUUACACAGGGCCUUCAGGCUCUGGUUUUGCCAAACAAAGCCCAUCUCCUGGGGUCUCUCCAAAUACACUUCAUCCAACUGCUCAAAAUAGUCCCCCACCUUCAGUCUCCAGUUUUAGUCAGCUGGGUACAUCAUUUAACACGGGGUUUGCAGCAAGGCCAUCUGCACCUUCUAACAAUGCCUUUGGGCAGCAGAAUUCCUUCCCUAUUUCUGCUCAAGCCACAAGUGGAUUUGGGACUGUUAAUUUUCCAACUGUAGGGCAGCAGAAUUCCUUCCCUAGUUCUGCUCAAACCACAAGUGGAUUUGGGACAGUUAAUUUCCCAUCAGCAAAUGCUGGUUUGUUUGGUAGUGGCCAACCUAAUCAGUCAGUGGCGACUUCUUUUAUUUCAAACAUGGCCAGCAUUGGCAACAAUAGUGUCAGUAGUAUGAGUAGCCAAUUUUUUGGUUCAGCAGUACCAGCACAAAACACCAGUAGUUUCUCUAAUAACCAGACCCCUGCUCCCUUGAGUUUUCCAACUUCUUCCAAAGCAGAUGGACAUGGACAGGCCGCUACAAACAUUCAGCUGGGAAAUAACACACAGGAGACUGUUUCAGGAGAUGCAAGCAUUUGGUUGAAGGAGAAAUGGAUUCCUGGAGAGCUAAUGGUAUGCAUUUUGAACCUUGGCUGGGAGUUGAAUAACCCUUUUUUAUCUCAGAUUCCAGAAGAAGCACCGCCGGAUGCUUAUGUUUAGGAAGGAUUGUUUCUUGCCGAGGGGUAAAGUCUUGGAAGUUUCUUAAGGUGUAGGAACACUUGUCUUUUCACGUUCCCAGCAUGUACCUCUGAUAUAGGAUACGUCAUUGGAUGUCCUGCAAGCUCAAGAAGAGAGCCAUUUAUUUAUUUUUUUAAAAGAAAAACUGUUUGUUUAAGUGCAGUCAGCGGCAUUUUUAGAUGCAAACAUAAUCAAAGGUGAAUUGCAUUUCUUUCUUUUUUCUUUGGGGGGGAUUUUAUCAACGUUGGAGUGCAGGCAGAGCUUGUAAAAUAUAAUGUAAUUCGUGGAUUUGAAAAAUCGAAAGUGUAUAUUUUUUUGGGAACCAAUCCGAGCCUCCAACUCGUUAUUCCAAAUCAAUGAUUGAUUGAAUU